GGUAACAGUUUGACGCAUUCUGCGGUGGUUUUCAGGUGCUUUGUGAUUAUUGAAAAUUUAUUUGUUGACGAUGGAAGGGUCGGGUAAUUAUCGAGGGAAUAUUGUCAAGUGGCUGCCGUUUAUGAGCUCUGAUCUCGAGAGCUGGUUCAAUCACAUUGUCACUCUUCACGAGGCGAUGGAUAAGUGCGCGAGAGAUAUCGCCAUGAUCAUUGAGGAUGUCCAGGGAUCAAUGAGUAUAUCCGACAAAGAAGUGUUUCUGCGUCAGCAAACGAAGCAAUUGGGAACACUCGUGCAGACUUACUCGUCGAUCUGGUCGGACAAGAAGCAAUUAGCCAUUGCGAAUCAGGUGUACAAAUAUAAGAUUGAAUAUCUGUCGUCAAGGGUGAAACGUUCCCUCAAUAUUGUUGCAAAAUUUUGCAGAAAUUUAAUUUUCGAAAUUAUCGUGGAUUGCUGUAAAGACGAGGGAAACUUUACCAGACUUCUUUUUGGGCUCAUUCAGUCAUACAAUGACGCAUUAGACCUAGACUGCAAUGUCUCCUCAGAAUCGACUUCCGUGAACAUUUACUCUAACGACUGUCCGUCGAUGCUGGAGCCGCUAAAAAAGAUCUCCAUUACUCGAAUUUUACAAGUUUUAGCGAAAAAUAAAGCUGAAGAAAAUUGCCACGAACUCAUCGAUUGCCUCUUGAUGAACUAUCAACCGCGGAGUGAAGAGAACUUAAAAUCCUCUCAAUCCUGGGAUGUAGAAAUGUCCGAGAAUUCGAGCAUCGAGAUAUAUCGCGCUUUAACAAAACACAUGACUCCACCUGGAGAUCCCCCAGCUGCAACUGAGGAAAAUAUCGCCGACCAAACAGAACCGACGUCUUCAGGGAACAUCGAAAGUAUAGAAAGCCUCGUCGAUAAUCAGACUCUCCAAGUUGAUAAACUCAUGGAUGCGAUAAGAGACGUCUACCCGCAGCUAUUCGGCCUUGAGAACAUCAAAUACGACUGUCGAGGUGAGACUAAGGUGAGGAGGAGUGCAUUGACACGGCUCUCGGAUUACUACCAGCACGUCGCCUGGGCCGCGAUAUCCGGUAUAUUGGAUCAUGUUGUACUGUGGUGGUCCCCCGAGGGUCUCGCUGCUCGUCACAGCCAAGGGGCGCAUCAUCUCAAAGACUGGUUACGUCGAUUCAUCCAGACGAAUGAGAUUUCUUCAAGUGUCAGACCAGCACUAUUGAACCUCUGUGAUGCUCUGGGCUGUCACGUCACUGCCACUGGUUGGGAUGAGCUCUUCAGAUUGGCGUACAUCGCGUCCUUCGAAUGCUCCUCGAAGCCCUUUUCCUCCGAGGGUACGGACACGGGUCAGAUGUUUGCUGAAUUAUUCCAGUUGCUGGUAACCCUCAGCAAUGAAUGCGAAAUUGGGGGUGAAUGGGUCGUUGGAGCUCCUCUGGUGGAGCUACCUCUGUCAGAGCAAAUAAUUGUCCUUCACAGAUUGGAUCAUUCCGUUCACACUAUGCGACUGUGGGCCAUUCAGGAGUCGAAAUUAAUCGCUCACACUUGGGACCUGGAGACUUUUUUUCUGCUUGUCAAGGGGGAUCUCGUCGCUUGCAUCGACGAAUUGUCAUACCUCAAGCUCAGUGAUCAUACUUCUGCUCUGUCCAUCAACGCCACCAGUGUUGAAGUCUACGUUUGUGCAAAGAUGAGAGCAAAAAUAGUAUCGGAAGUCAAUGCAAAUAUUCAAUUACUCAAAGAGACACCGAUCAAAUGUAUCAAUACUCUCGCUACAAUUUGUCGCGUUGUCAGUUUAGCAAAUUUACACAUGUGCUUCCCGAUUUCGAAGUAUUGGAGACGAAACAGUAGUGCUGUUGUCGCUGUUGGACCCACACCCUAUGUGGAGACAUACCUUCAACGGGUUCUACUGCCAGUUCUGGAAGUGAUCGAAGACCACGAGGUUUCUAAUAUGGUGUUGAAGAUCAUGUGUGAAGCCUGGCUCGACUACAUUUACCUCCAUCGCAUAAAAUUCUCUGAAUUUGGAGCUCUACAACUUUUAACAGACUUUGCUCACGUUUCCCGCUGGGUCACGGAUUGCCCCAUAAUCUCCCAAACGGUCAAAGGACACUUGUUAAAGAACGAACUUCUGCGCCGAUGUGAGGGGGUCGGGAGACUGCUGUUGAGGCAUCCUGGAGAGGCAAUCGCGAUGCAGAAGCAAUCAAGAACAAAUGAAAACGGAUCCCCACAAUCCCUAGGACUGGAACGAAUGCCAGCGGAGAUGUACGUUCCUAAUCAGCAGCAGUGGCUCGAGCUUAGAGCUUCAAAGUCUUAUAAACUCUACUGCUGCACCGAUUAACGACUUUUGCGGCCUAGGGACAGCCCUUGAAGCCUGAAAAGGUGAAGAAGCCCUUCAUCCUCCUCGUCGGCUGGACUUCCGACAUCAACUUCCCCUAUUUCUCUUCUCUCUUCAUCUGAAUUAAAUUUUCAAAUAUAUUCUAGUUCGUUGUAUCUUGCAGCAAUUGAUAUUGUAUCAGAUUCUCAUGAAAAUUACAUAAAUGAUGAAUACGUGUUUUCUCAAACGUGUUGUCUUGACUUGAUUCAAUGAGACUCCCCUGUACAUGAGAGAGAGUAAAUCCACCGCAAAAUUGAAACACGAUAUGCUCACGUUUCAGAUGCCCUUCUUGGUUUUACUUAUGCAAGAGUACCAGUCCAUAACAUUUGACGCCAUUACUAGUUCAAUAGUUUCGAUUUUUAUCGAUAAUAUUUCUCGUCAUCAUCCAUCAUUCCCAUGCAUUUAUUCUUAUUCGUGGAGAAAAAUGGAAAAA